UUUCCUGAUUUUAAAUGAGGUCAAAAACUUUGGAAUCCUCUCAGCAUAUAAACAGCAAAAAAUAUUGCUCUCUCAUCAUUGCUGUUGGGGGUUCAGGCGAGAGAGCAAGAGGAGCACUUACAUGGGACAGAAGUUCUGUUUGCAGCAAAUUCACUUUUCAGGAUUACUUUCUAGCAUUAAUGCAGGUUCUCAAGAAGACGAUGGGGGUGUCUGUGGCUCUGCUUGCCUUCUUUUCCAUCAUGUCUAUCACUUCCUCCCAUUAUGUUGUUCAUUAUACAAGCUCUGGUGGGAUGUGCGGAAAUACCUGUGGGUAUCAUGGCUAUGGCUACACCUGGUGCAAGCAAAGUGGUGGGAAUGGGAAAGAUUGGGACUACUGUUCCUUAGAAGAAGGCCUGGAAGCUUCGGGCAAAAAAUGUGCCUCAUCCUGUGAACGCUGGGGGGGCUCCUACCGCUACUGCCACUUAACAAAUGGAAAGUGGCAUUACUGCGGGUUGCUCGGCCGGCAGGAUUUCCUUGAAUAUUCUCAGGACAACAACAUGUGCAUGACAAGGUGCCAAGCAUCUAAAGGAACUUUCAAGUGCAAGACAAUCCAUGGUACUGAGCGCUGCUCUCCAUUCCGCGAUGUGACCCCUGCUGGUUUGCCCUGCCACAGUAACUACCGUUGUGCCAAAUAUGGGCACCAUGUGUAUCGAUGCCAUACAAAUGACGAUGAAGCUGGGUGGGACCACUGUGGGAAGAAGGGCUUGGAGGGGUGUGUGUGGGUGAACUCCCACAGCAAUUCUUCCCAUGUGGAAACCUACAUGCUUCCCAACUCCCAAAAGGAAGGCAAAGUCAUCUUCCGCAGAGAAAGGCAAGACAAGUUCCUCCCACUUACCAAGAGGCAAUUCCAAAGCGCUGUCCAGCUUAUUGACAAAAUCAGCUCCGUCAGCAGCCUCCCGGAUUCUGGGGCUCUGGCCGCCAUGCGUUUCUAUAAGCAGGAAAGUAUCACCUGCAAGGGCAUCAAUUAUACCAACGUGGAACUGCAGGUUGGUUUUGCCAAUGAAACCAUUGUGCCCAUUGCACAUGUCCUGUUCUCAAAGUUGCUGAAUUCUGCCGAGCUCUUGCGCUUAGCAUUUUACACCAGCCUCCAUAGCACCUUUUAUCAACCUGCCUAUACCAUUGCUGUGUCCAUUGGUGAACCCAUGUUAUGUUCCACUGAUCAUCAGUGACUCACACAACUAGGUUGUUUGCAUACAUCCUACUGAUUUCUGACUCACAUAUAUGCAGUUGCUGCUUUGCUGUAUUGCCCUGUAUUCAUUUGUGGGCACUGACAUCUCCCCUUAUUACAAUAUCACAGCCAGCCCUAAAUCUUCCCAUUGCUUGCAUUAGUCCAACCUUAGUUGCCUUUCAGUAACACUCUUACUCUUAGAGAAAUCGUGCUAUGUAUCGCUGGCAACUUUAUUUGCGCUCGGAAAGGAGCACACAAUAUACAAGAUGUACUGUUUUCACAUCAGGAGGGUUUCCUUUCUCUCUUGAUACUCUUUGUAAUCUCCCAUGAUAAAGAAAAUCAC